AUGUUUUGGCGCCUGGCCGUCCUUGCAGUUGGUGCCGGCCUCCUCUUCGGAGUGGACUUGGCAUCGAUCGGGGCGGCGGUUGAGUCUAUGUCGAAGGAGCUGCAGCUGGACAAGAAAGAGACUGAAUGGGUCGUCUCCGGCGCGAAAGGUGGUGCCAUUUUCGGCAGCCUCUUCGGCGGGGCGCUGAUCAUGUCCCGGGGCAGGCGGACGAUCAUCGGCUGGUCGGCGAUUCCAAGCAUGAUCGGACCAGCACUCGUUUUUACAGCCCACAGCCUGCCACAGCUGAUCGUGGGAAGAUUCUUGAUGGGGAUUGGCAUCGGCCUCGCCUCGGUCGCCACGCCCAGCUACCUCAGCGAGGUGGUGCUACCCGAGCAGAGAGGCUUUUUCGAGGCAAUGUACGAGAUGGGAAUUGCCUCUGGGAUGCUCCUGGCUGCUUUGGCCAAUGCGCUCCUGCAGAUGCUGGAUUCCGACGCAGUCUGGCGCUACCAGGCGGGAUGUGUGCCUUUUGUCUUCGCCUUCCCCGUGCUGAUGCUCGUGUGCACUGUGCCGGAGUCGCCAAGGUGGAUGUUGCAGACGAGGGGAUCCAGCCCUUCGUCUUUGCUGGCUGUGCUGGAGGAGAUCUCCAGCCUUCGACGGCCAGGUGCAGAGAAGCGUCUGGAGACAUAUCGAUCUGGAAGAGGCAGCCUUGAAGAGCAUUCGAGUGACACGGACACGGCAGACACGGCUGAAGGCCGGGACGAUCUGGCAGACAGCCAGCUGGAGGAGAAGGAUGAGGCCGUCCGCCUCCGGACGCUGCCGAUCCUCCGUCGCACACUGACGGAUGCUUGCGCGAUCAUCAUCGGCUCCCGACAGGUCCCUGCUGGGGCAAGGCGCGGCUUGGGCCUGGCUCUUGCAGCUGCAGUGCUUGAUCAGGCCUGUGCUUCGACGUCCAUACUCAUCUACGCGCAGAAGAUGCUCGCCGGCGUGGGCAUCGGCCAGGAACGCCAAGACCUGCUGACGCUGACGGUGGUGGGCGCCAAGAUGUUGGGUGUGAUUCUGGGCCUGGCGAUCGUUGAACACGUGUCCAGGCGGAUGCUGCUCGGGGCGGGCGGUGGCCUCUCCGCUGUGGCGCUUCUGAUCCUCGUGCUGGGUGCUGCCUGGGGAAGCCCAGGGCUGCUGUUGACUGGCAUGAGCUUCUUUAUUGCCAUCUUCUACAGCACCUGGGGCAUCGGCUACUGGGUAGUGGUUGUCGAGGUCACUGCUGUGGGAGGGCCGUGCUAUGCCUCGGCAGCUCAGUCCGUUUCCACAGCCACGCUGUUUGCAGCCGGCUGGUUGACCUCUCUGACUUUCAUAGACGUGAUUUCUUUGGGGCCAGCGGGGCUGCUGAUUUACGUUGCUGUUGCGGUUCUCAUGAGCAUCUAUGGAUUUUGCAUCCUUCCUGAGACGGGAGGCCAUUCCUUGGAGGAGUGUGCCGGUGACAUUGGGUUGGAGCUUGUGAGGCUGCCAGCGGUUCGAGUUUGCUAG